AGAACAUUAUGGAAACUUCUUCCACACUAUGGAGUUCCUGAGAACAUUGUCAACAUUAUUCGCAACUUAUAUGAUGGACUACAGUGCAAAGUCAUGCAUUCAGGACAACUGACAGAUGCAUUCCAAGUAAGAACCGGAGUCAAACAAGGCUGUCUAUUCUUCCCCUUCCUCUUUGUACUAGUGGUUGACUGCAUUGUGAAGACCUCGACAUCUGAGGUAAAGCACGGAAUACAAUUGAUAUCUCAGAACCAGUUAGGCGAUUUGGACUUCACAGAUGACCUAUCUUUUCUAUCCCAUACAUAUCAACAAAUGCAGAUCAAGACAACUAGUGUAGCAGCGCCAUAAGCAUCAGUAGGCCUCCACACAGCUUCAUUGUCAUAUUUUGUUCUUUAAUAAGUAAUGAUGAAUGAUUGAGAUACAAUAAAAAUCCUACAUUUUCUUCUACCUAUUUACACGCUUCAAUAGUUACCUAUGAAUUAACAGAAAUGAUGAGGAGUAUUAUAAAAUAGGAACACAUACAUUGAGUUUUAAAUUGUCCAAAUGAGUUUUCUGCCUUGUAUAAAGAGGUUAGUUUAAUGAUUUUGGCAAAACUAUAAUUAAUGGAUGAACCAAUCAAAUUUAAGAAAACAAGUGGCGUGAAAUUCAACUAUCCAUUUGGCUAAAUAUCGUUUCGGCAUUAUAACUGAUGUCAGUUCAUGAUGAAAACCAUAAAUCUAAUUCCUAACCCUAACGUACAGAUAUAAAUUCUAUUAUUGAUUCCUCAUAUUAAUUUAUAACCCACAAAUGAUAAUAAGAAUGAGACAGUUACAACCACGACGACAACGACAACAACAACAACAACACAUUCCAAUUCUACUCAUGAAAAUAUUUCAAAUACAUCAACUAUAACAAAUAGCAGUUCAAGUAGACAUAGUGCAAUUCGAGCAGCAUCAUUUACAAUGACUGAUUCAUCAUAUUAUGAUUAUAAACCAAAUUCAAUGAAUCAUAAUGAAGGAUAUAAAACAAAAUCAAAUGAACAUUAUGAUAAACAUAAAGUUAAUUAUGAACAAUAUUUUAAAAAUUAUGAUCAAUAUUAUCAUCGCAAACAUAAACAUCAUCAUCACCAUCAUCAUCAUCAUCAUCAUCGUCAUCAUGAUCAUGAUCAUGGUGAUCAUGAUCAUAAUGAUCAUGAUCAUGAUCAUUCACAUGAACAUUCUUCUAAAGAAGAUAAUAAUCCAAAGACAAUAUCAUCUGAAUGGAUCUAUGAUAAAUUAAAAGAAUAUUUAACUUGUAUCUAUGAGAAACAAAUUAAUUGUGAAGAUCAAUUUGUUACAGAAUUACAAUUGAAAUUAUUAAAAAUGCAAUCAAAUAAACAAAAAAAUGAUGAACAUUAUGAAUCAAUUUCAUCUGAACAUGCGAAACAAAUUCCAAUCAUAUCCGUUGAAAUUGAUAAAACAUCAUUAGAAACAAAACAUGAAGAUGAUCAUACACAUCCGGAACAUCAACAUAAAGAAGAACAUAAAGAAAUUAGAAAAGAUUCAUCUACUAUAUAUCAAACAAAGAAUAAUCAAUUUGAAAUAAGUAAACAUAAAGAAAUAGAACAAACAGAGAAAUUUUAUUCACAUGAAUCUUAUCAAAGUUUAGAUAAUGAUAAAUAUUCAAGUUAUUAUCAUAAUGAUCAUCAUGAACGUCAUUAUCCUAAUCUUCGACAUCAUCAGAAUCCGCAUCAACAUCCUUCUCCACUUGAUCAUCAUCGUCAUAAAGAUCAUCAUGAUCGUGAUCAUCAUCAUCAUCAUCAUCAGCAUCAUCAUCGUUCAUCUUCAUAUUAUAAAGAUGGCUGGUUGGAAAAACUAGAUAAAAUGUUACCAAGCUUGGAUGAUGAUGAUGAUAAUGAUGAUGAUGAUGACGAGCAUCGUCAUAAACACAAAGAUAAACAUCCACAUCAUCAUCCAAUGUAUCGAAAGUAUUCAAACAAAUAUUAAGUCAUUUACAAUGUUUCAUCAUCAUCAUCUUCAACAACAACAACAUCAUCAUUACCCAAAAGAACACCAUUAAUGUUAUCAAUAAUUCUUUGAUGAACAUUUCUAACGGUGAAAUAUUUUACAUUAUUGAAAUUUUUUUAUUAUAUGGUUAGUAAUAAACCUCUGAGAAUAAUACUACUUAUACUACUCAUAAUGAAAAUAAUGAUGAUAAUAAUAAUAGAAAUAAAUAUACGAGGAAAUCUUUUCAUUCUUCUAUGUAUAUACACUACUCCACUUAUUAAAAGGGGUCAAUUAAUUAAACUAUUGAUAUUUCAUUACAUAUUAUCCAUUUAAUAUUUUCCUUUAUAAUACAACAAUCAAGUACAUGUCUAUUAUUGAUUGAGAAGUAAUUACUAGGAUACUUUGUUUGACCUAGUUUUUCAUGUUACAUGUUAUUUAUCAGUAAAGUAUAUCUAUAAUCUAGAAUGAAGUGAUUUGCUGGGUUAGAAUUCUAAAGUAUGUUAUCUAGUACUGAAGUCACUAAACCAUUUGGUAUACUACUGAAGAGUCCUAAAAUGGGACGAAAUAGUCAUCCAGUGUUUCCAAGUUUUCUAUGGUGGUCUAAUUUUAAUUGAUACAUGAUCUUAACUAUUAAAAUUACUAUUAAU